GGCCUUGGCACGCGCAACGACCGGGAAGGGGAGGCUCAGGAGCAGACUCGUGUGACACUACCUUGUACAUAGCCCGACACUGCCCCGCCAAAUAUGGCCCCCUUCUCCAAACUGCGUGAUCGCGCCAGAGACAUCACGAGCGAUAUCGGCCAGGACUUCGGCCGACUGACGACUGCUGCGAGCUAUGCCUUCAAUCCAGACCAUCGCCACGAUGAAGCCCACGAAAAGGAAGCAGAUCGCAAGCAGGCAGAGAUCUGCGCAUCCCACAGAUUCAACUCGUUCGCUGCUCAACGGCAGAACAACAAUGUCAAAUGGUUCGUCGACGGCAAGAACUACUUCUGGGCGCUCUCAGAGAUUCUCGAAGAAGCCAAGGAGUCCAUCAUGAUCCUCGAUUGGUGGCUGACACCGGAACUCUAUCUCCGUCGCCCGCCUGCAGAUCACGAAGAGUACCGGCUCGAUAGACUGCUCAAGCGCAAAGCAGAGGAAGGCGUCAAGAUCUACAUUGUCGUCUACAAGGAAGUGACGGCGAGCAUGUCCAUGGGAUCCAAACAUACCAAGAACUACCUCGAAUCGCUCCAUCCCAACAUUCUCGUCUUCAGACAUCCCGACCAUUCGGGCGGCGAGGUUGUCCUCAGAUGGUCCCAUCACGAAAAGGUCGUCAUCGCAGAUUGUGCCGUAGCUUGCAUUGGUGGCCUCGAUAUCUGCUUUGGCCGCUGGGACACGUCAACGCUCCAGCUCGCUGAUUGUCAUCCGCAAGACUUUACCCGUCAGCUCUUCCCCGGUCAGGAUUACAACGAUGCUCGAAUCGCCGACUUUGUCGAUGUUGCCCAUUGGCUGAGCAACCAGCAAUCGCGCUUGACUAUGCCACGUAUGCCCUGGCACGAUGUCCACACCAUGCUCGCCGGGCCCGUCGUACUCGACAUCGCCCAGCAUUUUGUCGAGCGAUGGAACUUCAUCCGCUUCCUCAAGUAUAGAGGCGGUCACCAGUAUCACGUCUUGGCUUUCCCUCAUCAUCCGCUAGACGAGAUGCCAGACGAAUCCGUCCAUCGCCAUCCUCAUCUGGAUACCUUUAUGCAAGGUGUACACUACUACAAGCAUGCUCUCGACCGCGACGAGACUCAGAUGCGCUACGGCGGCAACGAUGCAAAGGGGAACAUGAACGUCCAAGUCUUGCGAUCUUCGGCGGAUUGGUCCCAUGGCAUCUUGACGGAGCAUUCCAUCAAGAAUGCCUACUUGCAGCUCAUCCGCGAAGCCAAUCACUUCAUCUACAUCGAAAACCAAUUCUUCGUCUCCAGUGGUCAAUCUGACAGUCAGAAGGGACCCAUCAAGAACGAGAUCGCGGCUGCCAUCGCGCAGCGCUGCAUCUCCGCAGCCAAGGACGGCAAGAAAUUCAAGGUCAUCAUCGUCAUCCCCUGCGUGCCUGGUUUCGCUGGAGAUCUCAACGGGUCGGAAGGAACGCUGUCCAUCAUUCAUUUCACCUACCAAGCACUCUGUCGCGGCAAAGAUUCCAUUUACGGUCAGAUCGAAGCGGCUGGCUUCAAUCCUCGCGACUACUGUCAGAUCUUCCACUUGCGAUCAUAUGACAGGCUUCCGAGUGAUCCGAAACUGAUCGAUGGCAUGGAGUCACGCUCCGGCGUCAGCUUUGCCGAAGCUCAAGCUGCUCUUGCGCGCAUCUACAUGGGUGAUAACACUACCAAGACGGAAGCAACAGCCAACUCGAUCGUCAAGAUUGCUCAGCCCAGCCGUGGCGAGUCACUCGCUCCCGGAGAGACGCAGCCAGAUCAGGUCAUUGAGGUCAAAACGCCCGCGACAGUCAAGGAAGCUCACGAUACGCUGCGUCGCUGGCACGAUGCUGCUCCUUCCGAGCCUCCCAACCCACACGUCAAGAACAGUGUUGCCCAUCACGCAAUGCGUCGCAGUGGUGGCAGCCUUCGCGAUGAGCCCUGGUAUGGUGAUGAGGAGUCCGAGCUCGAGGCCUUUGUUACGGAAGAGAGCUAUAUCCACAGCAAGCUCAUGAUUGUCGACGAUCGUAUCGUCCUGUGCGGCUCGGCGAACAUCAACGAUCGCAGUCAGCAGGGCGAUCGCGAUUCGGAGAUCGCCUGCGUCACUGAGGAUACCAACAUGAUCGAGAGUAAGAUGGCCGGCGAACGAUACAUGGCAUCCCAAUUCGCUGCAAGUUUCAGACGACAGCUCAUGAAGUAUCACCUAGGCAUCAUGCCGCCCCAGGACUGCCCAUCCGAAUCGGAUCCCGAUCCUGGCAUGCGCCCAGUCGAUGUCGAGCAUGACCGCGAAUUCAUCUCGCUCGAUGAUGCACUCGUCGAAGAUCCGCUCAGUGAAGAUUUCGAUAAGCUCUGGCGAGGAACAGCAAAGAGCAACACUGAACGCUUCCGCAAGGUCUUCCAUUGCGUUCCCGACGACACGGUCACUAAUUGGGACGAGUACAAGGCUUUUGUACCCAAAGCACCUGUCAGAGUUGGCCACGUCGCAGAGGGCGUCAGUCUCGAGACUGUCAAAGAAGAACUCGACGGCGUCAGAGGCCACCUCGUCGAGAUGCCUAUUGAUUUUCUCAGCAAGGAAGACCUGCUGGGUGUCUCUGUGGCCGUCAAUCCUGCCACUAUCGAGAUCUAUACCUGAGCGCGUCGUCUGCCUCAUGAUUUCGACACAUGAUCUCAUUCACUGCGCUAAAACUUCGCUGCCAUGUUGUAUGACGACGCUCAUCCUACAAGUACAUAAUGCAUUCCAACAAGCGAACAAGCUGUCAUCC